AUGAAAUAAGCUUAAUAAUAAAUAUAAAUAGGAAAAGAAGUAACUGCAGGAUUAAUUUUCGGUUAUCUAGCAGGUUAUGCAAGUAGAGAAGUUAGAAAGUAUGCAAUAUUAAUAACAGGAGGUGCAUUUUGCUUUCUUUAAUAUUUAUCUCAUAAAGGCUAUAUUUCAGUAAAUUGGUCAAAGAUUGAAAAAGAUAUUGUAGAAAAAUUAGAUCAAGAUGGUGAUGGUAAACUUACGACUAAUGAUGCUGUUAUUUUACUUGAUUAAAAUUAAGAUGGAAAAUUAGAUAUGGAAGAUAUUAAAAUAGUAGCUGAUACAGACAGAGAUGGGAAAAUCACGGUUAAUGAUUAUUAUACUAUAAAAAAAGCUAUUAAUAAAAAAUUUCCUAAUUCUGCUGGAUUUAUAACUGCAUAUAUUAUGGGCAUCAAAGGAAAAUUAUGGUGA